AUGUUGCGAGUCCUCCUCUUGGUCCUGUCUCUGAUGUACUGCGGAACUGCCGCGCCCAGAGCGCUCGGGGUACGGACCAGAGGUGGUGGCCGAAUAAUCGGGGGAACCCCCGCCGACAUCGCCGACUACCCGUGGAUGGCCUCCUUCCAGAGAGUGGGUUGGCACUACUGCGGGGCUUCCAUCAUCAGCAGUAACUGGGUGCUGACAGCUGGCCACUGCCUGCAGGGGCUGAACAUCGCCAUAGUUUCUGUCAGAGCAGGCACGUCGAUCCGCGAGAGCGGUGGUGUCGUCCUCAUGGCUUCGAGCGGUGCUGUGCACGAAUCCUUCUCCACGUUAACAGCCGACUAUGAUAUUGGGGUUAUACAGGUGGAUGGAUCUUUCCCCAUCGGCAGUAACGUGGACAUCGUUGACCUCCCGGCUCAAGGCUACGACCCACCGGGAGGCCUCGCUGUUACCGUUACCGGCUGGGGCAGCACAGCAAACGUAGGUCCCUCGGCCUCCUCCCUGUUGAAGGUCGACAUCAGCGUCAUCGACCGCGCCAGCUGCGUGGCCAGGUUUGAAGCUACAGAUCGUAUGAUCUGCGCCGGCGAGGCCGGCAAGAGCACCUGCAGCGGAGACUCGGGUGGUCCGCUGGUUAGCGGCACCACGCAAGUCGGCAUCGUCUCCUGGGGCAGGGACAACUGCGAGACCGACGGUGGCGUAUACGCUAACGUCGGAAACCUCCGCUCCUGGAUCACAACCGCUGCUGGCGUCUAA